GACUAGUGUCUUGUGCUACACUUAAUUGUGUCCUACUUGGUGCUCUUGUGGUGAUGAUGGCUACUCCGAUGUGUGCAAGGUUGUUUAACCAGAGAUCUGUACAAGGUCUUCGGCUUAACUCUCGCGCAUUCCCUGCUUACACAAGCCCCUUUCUCGCCCGAGCCCACAGACUUGGACCUAGUGACGACGAACUGUACCAACGGACGACGGUGUCAGUCAUGCAGAGGGAGCCGGGCAGUGGAGCUAUGAUCCACAGUUACAGUCCCAGAGGUUUUAACAUCGACGGCAACCGAGUGUUUGGGCCGUGCGCCGUGCUGCCGCCAGCCAUCCUGCAGUGGAACGUGGGCAGCCACAAGGACAUCACAGUGGAGAGUGUGGCUCUUUUUCACAUGCUCGAGCCUCGGAUCGAAGUCCUUGUUCUGGGCACAGGGGGACGAACUGAGAGGGUGGAUCCCAAAGUUCUCGCCUUAAUGAAGGCUAAAGGCAUCGCUGUGGAGGUGCAAGACACGGCAAAUGCGUGUGCAACCUUCAACUUCCUGACGAGUGAGCGCAGAGUGACUGCGGCAGGUUUGAUUCCAAUCCCUGUUAACACUGAACUGGAAUAACAACAACAGGAAGUAACCUCAAGUUUUGUGCAGUGGAUCCGAUGGAUCUAACAGUCUUGUUUUUGCCAGAUCAGACACAGAUCAAGCCUUGUUCUGGUCAAAUUGAUUGACUCCAAUGGAUGGUUGUGUGUGUGAGAGAGAAAGAAAGAGAGACAGAGAGGGAGGGGGAGAGGGAGAGGGAGGGAGGGGGAGAGGGACAAAAAGGAGGGGGUGUAGGGUGGAGUAAAACUGUAUCAGAGAAAAUCGAAAGGGAAGGUUUAAGCCAGGGCUGUCAAACUCUUUAAGGAUCUACCCUGCUCUAGGAUAUCACUCCCACCCCAGGUGUAACGAACAUGAUUGAGUUUGUCAACCAGCGAAGUGUGAGAAAGCUGUAUGCGGGAUUAGGGUUAGGAAUUAAAUCCUGCAGGAUGGUAGCUCUUGAGGAAUUGGAAAAGGAGUUGGAUCUGAUUAAAGCGUUUAAUAGUUCAUAUUUAAAUGUGACUUGUUGCAAAUGUAGAAUACAUUAAUACAUUCAAUACAUUGUAUUUAUUUAAUGUAUGUUGAUGCCACCAAAGCAAUAAACAAUGUGACGUUG